AUGUCGCUCGAUAGAGUGAUGGCGCCAGACACCACCACGAAAGACGCGAUUGAGCUGACCGCGCGCGCUUCGUCGCGACGCUCGGUACUCACCCCUCACUCUAAUGGGAGAAGAGAAUCAAGCGCGACGCUCGCCGAAACGCCUGCAAACCAUGCGUGGGCCGCCCAGGAUGCGAUGUCGCCCGACGCGAACCCGGAGGAUGCGGUGGUGAACGUAUCGCAGCUCCCUCCGGUUGACGGAGGCUUCGGUGCUUGGUCUUUCCUCGCCGCCGCCUUCAUGGUUGAAACCAUCGCUUGGGCUUUCUCGACGGCGUACGGGACGUUACUCUAUGCCUACAUGGAAGAUCCCAACUUUGGCUCCCAGCCACACGCGACGUCGCUCCUCGCGCUCAUCGGGCCCAUUGGGUCGGGGAUUAUGUAUUGUUUGUGCCCCGCCCUCAACCCGGUCCUCUACCGCUACCCGCGCGCCGCGCGCCCAAUCGUGUGGGCGGGCACGGCGAUUUGUUUCGUGAGCUUGUUUGCGUCGAGUUAUGCGCGGACGGUCGUCCAACUCGUUGCGCUCCAGGGCGUUCUCUACUCGAUUGGCGGGACCAUGGUCUACGUCCCGACCAUCUUCUACAUGUCCCAGUGGUUCGUCGAGCGCAGGGGGAUCGCGAAUGGGGUGAUGAUGGCUGGCACCUCCCUCGGCGGCGUCCUCCUCCCCCUCGUGCUGCCCCCGCUCCUCUCCCGCGUCGGCCUAGCGGGUACGCUGCGCAUCUUCGCGGGCGUGACGACGGCGGCGCUGGUGCCGUUUCUGCCGUUUAUCAGGGGGAGGGUGCCGGAGACGGUGGGCAGGGGUGGAGUGGGGCGUAUGCAAGACGUGCAUGAGAUGCGAAACGUGCAUGAGAUGCGAGGAGUGCAUGAGAUGCGAGGAGUGCAUGAGUCCGAUUCUCGCGGCGAGGUCUCGACAAGAGGCGAUGGCGGGUCGGACAGCCGAGUAGGGUCGGUGCGCGAAGACAACCUGAGGGCGGCGAAGAAGUGGUGGACCGAACCCUCCUUCCUCCUCCUGCUCGCCGUGAACACGCUGCAGGCGUUCGGGUAUUUUGCGCCGAUGCUUUGGUUGCCGACAUUCGCGAGCGAGCUGAACCUGAGCCCGUUCAAGUCGUCUGUGUCGCUUUCGGUGCUGAAUGCCGGCGCCGCCCUUGGUCGCAUCUCCACCGGCUUCCUGUCCGACCGCUUCAACCCCUGGGCCGUCGCCUUCUUCACCCUCUUCCUCACCGCGCUCUCCGCCUUCGUCCUCUGGGGGGUUCUGGCGUACACGUUCGCGGGACUGCUGGCCUUCAGCGUCGUGUACGGCGCGUUCUCGGGCGGGUGGGCGGCGCUAUGGACGGGGCUGAUGCCGGCGGGCGCGAGAGACGACCCGAACCUGGCCACGACGCUCUUCGGCUGGCUCCUCCUCACGCGCGGUGUCGGGAACAUCGUGUCCACGCCCAUCUCGACCGCGCUCGAGACGCCCGUGUACUGCACUGGGGCGUCCGCCGCGCACAGCGACUUCAUCUCAGUCGUGUCCGACAACCUCACCGCGGUGGCUUCUUCGGCGACUCUCGCCUCCUGCACCGGCAAAACCGCGCUCGACCUCGGCUUCGACGUCGCGGGCGGGCGGUUCGAGAAGAUGAUCAUCUAUACGGGCGCCUGCUUUGCGGGCGCGGCGCUUAUGGUGACGAUGGGGUGGGGCGUAGAGGCGAGGAGGAGGAAGGCAGAAGGCGAGGAGAGGAGGGGGUGA